AAUUGCUAAUGCCACACCCACGCCCACACGCGCCAUCUCCGUCUCCAUCCCCAGUGAAUCCCAGUCCCUUCUCGAAAGAUCCGAACCCCCGGAUAAGUUCACAAAGCCUCUAGAAGCCCUGUCUGGUCCACAGCGGUUAUGCUUAUAUAUGCAUAUACAUACAUGACAAAGGAAGAAGAGAAAUAGAAGAUCAAGCAAUAAUUAAGCGGCCUUUCAACGAAGAGAUCAGUAUUCUAUGGCGUCUUCUGCAACACAAGUGUACGUGCUCGGACAAUCCACUUUUCCUUCAUUUUCCCGGCUUCCAAACGGGCGAUGCUCCUCAUCCAGCACCGUGUUCUUCGGGACUAAGUUGAAUCCGAGCGCGGGUUUUGUGAAGUCGAAUGGUAUUGCAAGGAGGGGGCUGAGGGUUGUGAGCGAGAAGGUGGUGGGGAUCGAUUUAGGGACAACAAACUCGGCCGUGGCGGCGAUGGAGGGCGGGAAGCCGACGAUAGUGACGAACGCUGAGGGGCAGAGGACAACGCCGUCGGUGGUGGCGUACACCAAGAACGGGGAUCGGCUUGUGGGGCAGAUCGCCAAGAGGCAGGCCGUCGUCAACCCCGAGAACACGUUCUUCUCCGUGAAGAGGUUCAUCGGCAGGAAGAUGUGGGAGGUGGACGAGGAGGCCAAACAGGUGUCGUACAAGCUCGUUAGGGACGACAAUGGCAAUGUCAAGCUCGACUGCCCUGCCAUUGGCAAGCAGUUCGCUGCCGAGGAAAUCUCAGCACAGGUUCUUAGAAAGCUUGUGGAUGAUGCAUCAAAAUUCUUGAACGAUAAAGUUACCAAAGCCGUGAUUACGGUACCAGCAUAUUUCAACGACUCUCAGCGAACGGCAACAAAAGAUGCUGGCCGUAUUGCUGGGUUAGAAGUCCUGCGCAUUAUCAACGAACCUACAGCAGCUUCAUUGGCGUAUGGGUUUGAGAAGAAGAAUAAUGAAACCAUUCUAGUAUUUGACCUUGGAGGUGGUACAUUUGAUGUUUCAGUUCUGGAGGUUGGAGAUGGAGUGUUUGAGGUUUUGUCUACCUCUGGGGAUACCCAUUUAGGAGGAGAUGACUUUGACAAGAGAAUUGUUGAUUGGCUUGCUGAAAAUUUUAAGAGGGAUGAAGGCAUAGAUCUUUUGAAAGAUAAACAAGCUCUUCAACGGCUCACAGAGGCGGCUGAGAAAGCAAAGAUUGAAUUGUCAUCUCUGACGCAGACCAGUAUUAGCUUGCCGUUCAUUACUGCUACUGCUGAUGGACCGAAGCACAUUGAUACGACCCUUACAAGGGCCAAGUUUGAAGAAAUAUGCUCAGAUUUGUUUGACAGGCUUCGCACACCAGUGGAAACUGCACUUAAGGAUGCUAAACUCUCCUUCAAAGAUAUAGAUGAAGUGAUUUUGGUUGGUGGAUCGACACGUAUUCCUGCUGUUCAAGAUCUAGUCAGGAAGCUGACUGGAAAAGAACCUAAUGUGACAGUCAAUCCAGAUGAAGUUGUUGCUCUUGGGGCUGCCGUUCAGGCUGGUGUCUUAGCUGGAGAUGUUAGCAACAUUGUGCUCUUGGAUGUGACUCCACUGUCUCUAGGUUUGGAAACCUUGGGUGGUGUUAUGACAAAGAUUAUUCCAAGGAAUACAACCCUGCCAACCUCCAAAUCAGAGGUCUUCUCCACGGCUGCUGAUGGGCAGACCAGUGUCGAGAUCAAUGUCCUUCAAGGAGAAAGAGAGUUUGUGAGGGACAAUAAAUCUUUGGGAAGCUUCCGCUUGGAUGGCAUCCCUCCAGCUCCUCGCGGUGUGCCCCAGAUUGAAGUCAGAUUUGACAUUGAUGCCAAUGGCAUCCUUUCUGUCACAGCUGUUGACAAGGGGACAGGAAAGAAGCAGGACAUCACAAUAACUGGUGCUAGCACAUUGCCUAAAGAUGAGGUGGAUAGGAUGGUUAAGGAGGCCGAAAAGUUCGCAAGGGAGGACAAAGAGAAAAGGGAUGCUAUAGACACAAAGAACCAGGCAGAUUCUGUUGUGUACCAAACAGAAAAGCAGCUUAAAGAACUGGGAGACAAGGUACCCGCGCCAGUUAAGGAUAAGGUGGAGGCCAAGCUGAAAGAACUUAAGGAUGCCAUGUCUGGUUCUUCGACUCAAGCCAUCAAGGACGCGAUGGCCGCACUGAACCAGGAAGUUAUGCAACUGGGACAGUCCCUUUACAGGCAGCCGGGGGCUCCUGCCCCCGGCGGCGAUAAUGCUGGAUCGUCUGCCUCAACCAGUAAGUCAACAGAUGGAGACGGCGAUGGGGAUGUGAUCGAUGCAGAUUUCAGCGAAAGCAAGUGAGACGGGCCAAGGGUGGGCCUUUUUGUCUGAUUUUCAUUGGUAAAUAGUGUGAAAUUUUGUGGGGGGAGGGCAUACAAAGAUGUAGAAUAUGUGUAUAUAGUUGGCAUGUGGAAUAGUUUUGUGGCAUUGAUCCAAAGGAUUAGCUGUUUAAUUUCUAUCAAUUCCCCCAAAGACAUAUCAUGCAA